AUGGAAAUUGUAGCGGCUACUUGCAACGAUGGUGUUCGAAACGGUGGAGAGAUUGGCAUUGACUGUGAUGGUCCGUGUGUGAAACGAUGUUAUGGUCGAGCAUGUAGUUUACCUGAUCAUUGUUGGAGUGGUGUCUGUGGAACUAAUCGAACUUGCUUAGCGGCUACUUGUAACGAUGGUGUACGAAACGGUGGAGAAAUUGGCAUUGACUGUGAUGGUCCUUGUGUGAAACAAUGCAAUGGUCGAGCAUGUAGUUUACCUGAUCACUGUUGGAGUGGUGUCUGUGGAACUAAUCGAACUUGCUUAGCGGCUACUUGUAACGAUCGUGUUCGAAACGGUGGAGAAAUUGGCAUUGACUGUGAUGGUCCGUGUGUGAAACGAUGUUAUGGUCGAGCAUGUAGUUUACCUGAUGAUUGUUGGAGUGGUGUCUGUGGAAGUAAUCGAACUUGCUUAGCGGCUACUUGUAACGAUCGUGUUCGAAACGGUGGAGAAAUUGGCAUUGACUGCGAUGGUCCUUGUGUGAAACGAUGUACUGGUCGAGCAUGUAGUUCACCUGAUCAUUGUUGGAGUGGUGUCUGCGGAACUAAUCGAACUUGCUCAGCGGCUAGUUGUAACGAUGGUGUUCGAAACGGUGGAGAAAUUGGGAUUGACUGUGAUGCCCCUUGUUUGAAACGAUGUAAUGGUCGGGCAUGUAGUUCACCUGAUGAUUGCUGGAGUGGUGUCUGUGUAGCUGGUCAAAUUUGUUCAGGUAAAUGCUUUUAGUGAAAAGUUUCUGAAUUUCAAUGAUUUUUUAGUACCGACAUGUUUUGACAAUAUACAAAAUGGACUCGAAACUGGCGUCGAUUGUGGUGGGUCUUGCCCUCUGAAAUGUGACUCAGAGUACUGUAUAUUCAGUGCGGAGUGUAAAAGCAGUGUUUGUGGGGGCUCGUGGCAAUCAUGUCAAGGUAGGGAACUGGAAAGGAAUGUUGUUCCUAUACCCAAUAGAGAUUGUAGCGGCUACUUGUAACGACGGUGUUCGAAACGGUGCAGAAAUGGGCAUUGACUGCGAUGGUCCUUGUGUGAAACGAUGUAAUGGUCGAGCAUGCAGUUCACCUGAUCAUUGUUGGAGUGGUGUUUGCGGAACUAAUCGAACUUGCUCAGGUAAAUGAUUCUCAUGAGAGGUUUCUGAAUUUAGACCCUUUUCCUUAGUACCCACAUGUUCUGACAAUAUACAAAAUGGACUCGAAACUGGCGUCGACUGUGGUGGGUCUUGUCCUCUGCGAUGUGACUCACAGUUCUGCACAUUGGACACCGACUGCAAAAGUGGUGUUUGUGUGGGGCAAUCCUGUCGAGGUAGGAACCUAGAAAAGAAUGUUUUUCCGAUACCGAAUGGAAAUUGUAGCGGGUACUUGUAACGAUGGUGUUCGUAACGGUGGUGAAAUGGGCAUUGACUGUGAGGGUCCUUGUGUGAGAAGGUGCAAUGGGCGAGCAUGUAGUUCACCUGAUGAUUGUUGGAGUCGUGUCUGUGGAGAGAAUCAAACUUGCUCAGGUAAAUGCUUUUUGUUAUAGGUUUCUGAAUUUAGACCCUUCUAUUUAGUACCCACAUGUUCUGACAAUAUACAAAAUGGACUCGAAACGGGCAUCGAUUGUGGUGGACCUUGUCCUCUGAAAUGUGACACACAGUUCUGCACAUUGGACACUGACUGCAAAAGCAGUGUUUGUCGGGGGCAAUCUUGUCGAGGUAGGAAACUAGAAAAGAAUGUUUUUAGUAUACGCAAUAGAUAUUGUAGCGGCUACUUGUAACGAUCGCGUUCGAAAUGGUGGAGAACUCGGUAUUGACUGUAAUGGUCCAUGCCUGAAACGAUGCAACGGUCGAGCUUGUGGAUUAGCUGAUGAUUGCUGGAGUGGUGUCUGCGGAGAGAACAAAACUUGUAUAAGUAAGUAGUAGCAAUGAAGAUAGCUUGCGCUUUAAGGCUUUUUUGUGCUGAAAUGGUGUUCAAGUGUGGAAAGUGAAGUCGCGUAAAGUUGAUCGUGCUGUGCGUAGUUUGGAAGGUGGUGGAGAUCUAUCGAGAACGUAUCGAAGAAAAACGAAAGAGCCAUAAGCGUCUGAAAAGUGGAAAUGUCGAACAAGGAGAAUCUAGUAGAAGAAUCUUGGAAUAGGCAGUUCUACUUGAUAAUAGUCACCUCCGUUAUAUUCUGCUGAAAUGAUGAAGGGAGCUGUUUGCCUAGGCUCGGGAAUGUGCAGAGAUGGUGUGAUGGAUUUAGCAUUGGGAGGAAAGGGUUCGUACUCUCUGGUAUAGCGGAAACGAGUUUUGGGUGGCGUCACUGAGAAUUUGGAAGAACUUUUGCUGCGAAAAACGAUAUGUUUGAAAGGCUGUGGGUACCCCUCCACCACACAUCCCCCGCAUGCACUCUCUAGGAUGUGACAGAGAUAUUGAUAUUGUCUUACUGGACGAGGAGACUUUGGGAAGCUUUAGCCGAUUGGUCAUGAAAUUCUUGCAGAAGCUAUAGGGACCGUACAAUGGGAGAUCGAGAAAGAUUUUUAGCCGAUUGGGAUUGGGGGUUAUAUUUCAAGGAUGAAACGUUGUCAAGGAGGUUUGGAGUGCCACAAGAAGUCUUCGCACUAUGAAUAAAUGUAUAUUUUUCGUUUAGAGAACUGUGAUCGAAUCCUUCGGAUCAGCCCCUAAUCUAAAGAGGACCCUGGUUUACUUUUCAAGAUGUUAUAUGUCUGUAUGUUAAUAUUGUAAGGAUGGCACCAGAAGCUUUAUCAAGUAGAUUUCGCUUACUUUAGAACGCUGCAAGACCAUUACCUGAAAAGCGUGUACUGUACAUGAGUUUUACGUUAAGCGUGUGUUAAAGUCUAUGAUGCAGAAUUAUUCUCUUUUUGCGGUUGACUUGAAGUUGUUUGUUGCGACAUUACUAUCGACUUCAAAAUAGAAGGCGAGUACUUGCAAAUGGAAUAACUUGAGAACACAAGCAGCUAGGCACCAACAGUUUUCACUAUUACAAACAGGACAAUGAAGGCAUAUCAAUUGGUGAAAAAAAUUAAUUUAUUAAUAAUAAAGCAGUCGGGUACACGCCUAUUGAACUUUUUGAGAAUUUUUUUCGAAACGCUCUUUCCUCAAACUCUGCACUUCAAUACAAGCAUUCUACAGAAAAAACUUGUUCUCUUUCGAUUUAUGCAGGAUCCAGUGCAAUCACGUACUUCGCUUAGGAGUUUUACGGAUUUUUUUUGAAACUCAAAAGUAGUCAAGUGACCUUCGUUCACCCUCAAACAGGUAACAGUAUAAGGCGUAUUCCUAACUCAUCCCAACACCACAAACACCCAACUUUGUAAAAACACAUAGUGACCAUCUUCGCUAGCACUGACA